AUGUCGACAACGAGCCAAGAUCAUCAAAGUUCUUCAUCUUCUUCAACAUCUCGAUCAGAUAUCCCAUCAAUCCCAUCAAUCCCAUCAACUCCAUCAUUCCCAUCAAUCCCUUCAAUCCCUUCAAUUCCAUCAUCCACUCAAAUCUCUCAUUCACCUGCAAUUUCUGCCUCAAAUAUGCUUCGAAGCAUUUUGACGGGAAAUCAUUGCUCUUCUUCCACUUCCACUUCCUCUUCCUCUCCAUCUUCUUCAACAAUCCCCCCAGCAAACAGCACUGCAAAUCCUUCGAUCGGCAAUAUCUUUCCAGUGCCCGCUAAAGAACAACAACAGUUUCAGGCGCCCAUGCAGUUGCAGCAAGUUUACCAACCGAAUCCUUCUCAUGGUCAUCACCAUCAUCGUCAACAACAACAAAUUGUUCUCUUUACCCAACCACCAAUCACCAACAAUCCACAAAAACGACAAAAUCUUCCGAUCACGACAAUCGGAACAUUGACUGGAACAACUUUUCCUCAAUCAAAAAUAAAAAUGCAAGGCCGACCCAAUCAAAAAGCGCCUUCUCAUUUGGUGCCUGUGAAUCCGCAAAUGCUACUGAACGGGCAAUUCAUUCAAAUUUUACCCUACGGAGCACCUGGCAUGACCGUCACUCAAACGGCGCAAGGCAUGAAAAUGAUGAGUCCCGUCAAGCCAAUCGACGGGAAUGCUCAAAGUGGAUCAAAUCAUGGGACGGCAAAUGGCCUUCAAGCGGCUCGCGUUUGUCAGCCUUCGCAACUCUUGCAAAUGUUGCCUGGAGGUGUCUUUCGCUCAGCUCAAGCCGCCGGAGGGCAGGUCAUUUACACAGUCGCUUCAAAAUCAAUCCCUUCCACGAUUCCAAGAGGCGAAAAUGGAAUUCCGAAAGAUGAGUCACAUUCAACAUUCAAUCAAAAUAUAAAGAAAGAAGAGACAACGGAAGAAACUCCGCCGACACUUUCUGUUGCCGCUUCGGAGAUCAAGUCCUCACCCGCAGCUGCUCCGAUACCCGUGAAAAAGGCGAGCACUCACGAGUUGCACAUUGAAUCGGCAUUGUUAUUCCGCGGGAAACGCGGCCCCAACGGUAUCAUCAAACAUCACAUUGAUGGCAUCGUAAUUGAGGAAUCUGACGAGAAAUUCCCGCUCGAUUCGGCGAAUAAAUUGAUGGAUUUGUUACCGGAAAAUGUGCUGAAGAAAACCUUCCCGCAACAUAUAAAAAAAAUCGAGAAAAUCGCGAAAAAACGAGGACGACCACCAACAAAAGUGAAAGAGGAAGCGGUGAAUGACGAAAAUGAGCGCAUCUCGAAUGUGAUUAUCGAUAGAAAACACAGAAAAAGGACAAUCAAAGAAGAGCCGAUGAAUGAAGAGGGGAAUUUCGACGAGCCCAAAUCGAUGAACAGCUCGAAUCAGUCCUUUGGAAGCCCGUCUUCAAACAAAAAACGGCCACGAGUCAGCGAGGUGGAAAAGCUGAAAAAUUUCGACUUUGGACCAAAAGAACAAGGGCCAAGAAUUUUGGAAACAUUAUCAAGAAGUGAAGAUAAGAAGAGACAAAGUACCGAAAAAGAACAAGGAAAGGGGAGAAAGACGAGGAAGAGUAGCGAUGGAAAUGGAAAUGGAGAUGGAAAUGAAAGCUUUGAUUCCACAGAGCUUCGACAAAAACAAGCGAAUCGAGGAUCGCUUGAAAGUGCGACGACUGAAUCACCGAACAAAAAUGAACAAAAAGAGGCAUCGAUUGUUGUAAAAUUAUCCAUUCCCCCAGCUCUUUGUCCAUCAACUUCUUCAACAAGUCCCUCAACUUCAACGAUCGGUCUUCCCGAAAUCUCAAAUGGCACAAAUAUGUGCACUUUUUGCAAGAAUCCCCUCAAUGAGAUCCGUCUCCCAUCUUAUCCUCAAUUUUGCUCGAAACGUUGCGUUAACGAGUUUCGAAUUCACAAAAAUCACGCAAAACGUCCGGAAAGAACAGCUGCACAAAAAGCCGAACAUAUGCGAAAUGUCGACAAUUUGUUAAGUACAAUUGGCUCAUCUCAAUUGGCUCAAAUUGUUGCGCCAAAAAUCUCCAUCGAGAGUGAAAGUCCAAUUGUUACGCUAACUUCAAAAAAUGAUGAGUUAUCUUUUGUGGAUUCAUUGCCGUUGAAGGAUUGGCAGACUCAACACGUCUGGAAAUGGAUUCGUUCAGUGACGGGAAGUGAUGAAGUGGCGAAUAACUUUAAAGCCGAAGAAAUUGACGGAGAUUCACUCUCAAUGGUCAAAAAUGAAGAUCUCAGGAACACAUUCAAUAUGAAACUCGGACCGGCACUCAAAUUGGGCAAUUGUUUAGAAGAAUUGAAGGGUUUACAGAAAAAAUUCAAG